AUGACUGAUUCAAUCGAUAAUCAGCCGCGAAGCUGUUGCGACACGAACGAUCUGACUUGCUUGAAUCAACAACCUCAAAGUCAAUCACAAUUAAGUACAAUUGAUGUAGAUAUCGAAGCUUCGUGUCUACUCAUCGUCUCUCUCUCUUUAAGACCUUACGUGGCCUCCUUCAAUACUCUUCCCGAAUCGCAAUUCGCAUAA